AUGCAGCAAAAAUUAUUUUUCUUAAUUAUUUUUCUUCAUUGUCUAUUGAUAAAAUCUGUAAAAUUAUUGAAUACAGCUGGACAAAUAGACCUUAUCUUUUGCUAUUCAUCUAUAAAAUCUGGGGAAUCAUCAAAAUUAUCCAUUCGUACUCAUCUAGUUAACAAAAUAGAAGUCGAUUAUAUUUAUGUUUUACAAGGAAAUCAAAUUGGUGACGAACUAUUUGUUGUUACGACAAUCAAAUGUAAUUUUUGGCGUUAUUCUAAUGGACUUUGUCCAAUAAAUUUCCGAAGUAAAUAUUUAAGUCUUCAAAAUCGAAUGUCUCCAACUCAAUAUGUAUUACAAAUGGACGAGGAUUAUGCAUAUUUCAAACAACUUCUUCGUAGUUUAUCUUCUCAAAUGUUAAAUAAUAAAAAGGAAUUUAAUUUAACAUAUAUUAUUUCACGUAGUAGUAUUCAUGAUGGUAUUGAUAAACCAAAAGAUUUAAAUGGAAAUUCAUUAUCAACAACAAGUCUUAUUGGAAUUAUUUUUCUUAGUGUAUGUGCUGUGAUUGUAUUUGGUUUUACUAUUGUAUGGUUCGCUAUACUUCAUUAUCGACGAUUUACACAAAAUCGAAUGGAGAAAAAUCAGCGCAAAGCCCUUGCGAAAUCAACUCAAGAAAUACUCGAUAAAUCACCAAUUAUUACAUUUGAUGCAAAUAGUGAACAUAAUGAUUAUACUGAUAGAGAUCCGAUGUGUGCUAUUUGUUUAGAAUCAUUUAAAAAUAAAGAAAAACUUCGAAAACUUGGUAUGUAUGAAAAUAAAUUUAUUCAAUUUUAUUUAUCUGUUUAUUUAUUUAUUUUGUUUGAUUUUUUUUUGACAGAAAUUUGUUCACAUUAUUUUCAUAUAACAUGUAUUGAUCCAUGGUUAUUAUUGCAUCAAAGUUGUCCACUUUGUAAUCGAAAUAUUUUACAUAAUUCGAUACCUUCAAUUUCAUCGAAUGUUAUGAUUUCUGAAACUGAACAACAAAAUUAUGAAAUACUGGCAACUGUCAAUAAUAAUAAUAAUAAUUAA